CUAAAAAUGACCGAAGACACCGCUUCACCCUUCUGCAUUAAGCUCGUAGCCACUCAAAUGAAGAAACUCUCCACUGACGUCAUUAUCGUGGAGAAAAGUGACGUGGAAAACUGCCCGGAAGUGACUCCGGAUGACGUUGAGCUUCUGACAUUCGUCGAAGUCUACGAAGAGCUGUGCAAAUUCAUCGGAAUGCUCGGAAAAAUCUUUGAAUUUGUGGAGAAAGAUGUUCGUGAGAAGAUUGAUCUUCUGAAGGAGCUUCAUACGGCGAAUCCAGAAGGAUACAAAACUGUAGUUGCUCUUGUUCACAGUGAAAAACCAAUGGAGAAGAAUGGAAAAGAGAGUGGAGCAGUGGCAAUUUUACAUUUAAAUCGGGCUCUCGAGUUCAUCGUCGAGUUCAUGUAUGCGGCAGUGGCUGCCACUAACGAUGACAGCAUUCCCAAGAUUUGCAAGGAAUGCUAUGAUGGAACCCUGGCAAAACAUCAUCCAUGGAUCAUUCGUACCGCUGUCAAAGUGGCCGUAUACACUCUCCCAACACGUGAAAAAAUGCUUGACUACCUUAAAGCAGGAUCUGUCACCGACGAAUCGCUGAUCCGUGUGCUCAUCGAUGACGUCGUCAGCCACGGAAAAAUUGUUCAUUCGAGAAUCAACACCAUCUACACUGUCCACGAGCUCCAUAAAAUCGCAUAAUGGUCUUGGAAAAUCGAUUUGUCUGCACAAAAUUGUUCUGAAAAUAUAAUUUCCCUCUGAAAAUCCUCAUUUUUAAGCCAUUCUGAUCCAAUCAAAAACACAUUUUUAGCCCAAACUACGCAUUUUCAUGUCCAUAAUGUAUUUUUACCCUCCAAAUUUAUUGGUUUUCAUCCAUUUCUUCCCCAUUUCCACUGUGAUUUAAUCCCAAUCGCCCUCUUUUUCUGGAAAAAUCGCAUAAUGUGCCUUUAACUUGCAUCCUGUAACAUGUAUUGCGUGUCUUUACAAUUAAAACGAGAUUUUUUUUG